CUCUUCUCUUGGUUUUCUCGGUGUUUCUCUAUCAAGGUCUUUGGGAAAUUGCAGACCUGACUCUUCUCUUCUAAUCAUAUCAUCAGCCUGGUUGCUUGUUUUGACUACUUUGAUUUUGUCAUUUAUUUUCUCUUCUUCGGCCUUUUUUUACUUCUCCUGAGCGUUUACAAAUUCCUUUGCUUUUUCAUUUUACAUCAGGGCCUGCAUCAUCUCAACAAACCCCGCCCCCUACAUACGCAUCUUUUCUCCCUAUUUUACCGGACAGAUUCGUCACCUUUCUCUUCGGGUUACAUUUCUCUCUGUGUGUGAUCAUCAUCAUCAUCAUCAUCAUCGACCAUGGCAUCCAUGAAGAACAAGUUCGUCGCCGGGCAGAUCUUGGAUGGUCGCUUCCGGACCGUGGCGCCAUUGAACCAUGGCUCCUUUGGCAUGGUAUUUGUUGCAAACGACAACCAAACCGGUCAGGAAGUUGCCAUCAAGUGCAUUGCCAAGGCGUCCUCCACGGAUACUAUGGGCCCCUUGUCUGUCGAUGGUCGCUUCGAAGAGCUGGAGUGCCAUCGCCGCCUCCCACAUCAUCCCAACCUGGUUAACCUCAUUCACUCCUUCGAGACUGACUCACAUGUUUACUUGGUCUUGGAGUACUGCGCCAACGGUGAUCUGUACGAGGCUAUCCGGCUCAACCGGGGUCCCUUGGAGACCGAGCAUGUGCGUGACUUUAUGCUGCAGUUGGUCAGUGCCAUCGAGUUCUUUCAUGCCAACGGCAUGUACCAUCGCGAUAUCAAGCCAGAGAACAUUUUCUUGACGCAGGACGGUUCAAUGAAACUUGGUGAUCUGGGCUUGGCUACUCGCAAUUCCUGGUGUCAUGAGGCGUGCGUUGGCAGUGACCGUUACAUGGCUCCCGAACAGUACGACCCGGGGACCACUGGGUACUCUCCCGCUAAAGCCGAUCUUUGGGCAGUGGGCAUUUGCUUGCUCAAUGUUCUGUUUGCACGCAACCCCUUCGCCAUGCCCGCUGAGCUCGAUGUCUUGUUCUCCGACUACGUUCGGGACCGACAGUCGCUUUUCGACAUCUUCCCCAACAUGUCUCAAGAUACCUUUGAGAUCCUGAGACAUGCCUUGGCGCUCGACCCUGAAAAGCGUUCGCUGUCUGCCAUCCGUGAAAGCAUCUUGCGUUCCCUCUCUUUCGGCACGGACGAUGAGCCUCUUGACGAAUUCUGCACCGACGACCGCGAGGUGGUGCCCGCCAGCGCCAACCGCGAGCCGCUCCGGACGCCUUCCAUCCAGAGCCCGCACGUCAACCAGGGAGAUUCAUUCCCUUGGGCCAAGGCGUUGCAUGCGAGCCCCCUUCAACCCGUCAGACAGCUGUCUGCCAUUCCCGACAACGACAGCUAUUCCGAAGAUCUCUUCCCUGCUUCCGAGACGGCUGGCACCUCUUGGUAUUCGCUUCAUCAGGGAACUCCCUCAGUGGAGUCCGUUCUGGAUUCCACCUUGGGAGAAUCGUACAAGUCGGCUACUCUUCACAAACCGACCACCACUCAACACUACCCACCACCUUCCGACCCAGUCCCGAUCACUGGCUCAUUGCCCAGCCAUGCAAACAAGCGACUUCCAACGCUCUCCAUGGUGUUUGGGCGCAACAAGAACGACCAAAUCUCGAAGAGCUGGUGCGAUCUGUGGGAUGAGGAAGAAGAGGAGGAAUCGGAGAACGAGGAUUGGAUGGUUUUCCAGCAACAACAGGAGCACAAUCCACGAAACUGGAGCCAUGAGAGCCGUGACGUGGACAGUGGCGUGGACAUCCAAACCGAUUUGCAGGAAUCUGCUUCCUCCAUGACUCUUCAUCCUUCCCAAGACGACAACAAGGGCGCCGUCGCUCCCUUGGGAGACUCCAAGUCUGGUGUGGUGACCGUGGAGCCGGUCGACAUCCACCGCGAGCCUACUCCUUUGAAGGAGACCACGACGUCUCCCCCCAAGAAGUCACUUCUUGACAAAUGGGCAGCGCUAGGCGACAAACGUCGGGACGCCAAGGCUCGGGAGGAAUCGUUCGGCCAGAAGAGAUCGACAAACAACUGCACCAGUUGGAGAAGAGAUUGGGGUCUUGGCUCCUCCGGGUUUGACUACAAAGCGUGGGCACGGAAAGCAACCCCCACCUUCCACGAACGUCGUCCAUUCUUACAAAAGGACUGGCGCCGUGAGGCUCCGGACACCUCCAAGCCGCGACCGCCCAGCGGAUACGACGGCAGUGUCGAUGAAGAUCUCGACCUGGUUGGUGGCUGGCACGAGCUCCACCUAUAACCACCCCCCCUCCUACCUCUCCUCUUGGUCGCUGUCUACCACGUGUUUCAAGUCAACCCUAUAAUGUUGUUCCAUUCCAAUCGGUUUACCUAAGGAGCGAAACUUAAAACAGAAGAAGAUACGCCAGUUUUUAAUUUUGAAGAAAAGGGAAAAAGCAAGUUCAGUUUAUAUACAGUUUUUCUUUUCCGGUUUGGGUGCAACGGUCCCAACUUUGUGUGCUAUCUAUCGGUCGAUUCAUGGAUUGUCUCUGCGCGACGCUCCUGAUAUUCUGUUUUAAUCUUCCCGCUUUUUUUUUUUUUUUUUUUUUUUUU